UCGUCAGGCAGCAAGUGGACACUGAAGAGUGUGUGUGCCUUAUCAGAAGGAAAACUGUUCUCUGCACCUGAGAUAAAGGAUCAUAUAAAAGAAGAGUGAGCGCUCCCCGAGGUCUCCUACUUGUUAGACAUUUGAAUGUAGACAGGAGGAGAAAGACUUGUGAGAAUGGCAGGAGAGGAUAAAAGGAGAGAUGAACAAACUGCUGGAGGAACAGAAGGAAAGCAAAACAGGAUGGAGCCCGAGGUUAACGAUCAACGAGUGGAGCGAGGUCAAAAGAAGCUUUGUGUGCUGCCCAAACGACUCCUGGUAAUGAUAUCUGUGGCUGUUGUGCUCAUCGUACUGCUGACUGUCAUCGUUGUAACUGCUGUGCUGCUCACUAGAACGUCAGCUCCUUCUUCUGCCUCGUUUUCUGGUGGAGACAUGCUGGAGUACUUGGUGCAGACGGGGAACAUCAGUGAACCGGACGGCCUUUUGGCUACGUGGUUUCACCGAGCCAACAGCAAGGACGACAUGUACGAAGCGCUCAUGGGUGACACCAUGAUCUUGGAAGCUGAUGUCACUCUCAUGGGUUAUGGAACCCCUGAUGAGAAGCCAGUCCCGAUCAUGGCACACCCUCCUGACAUAUAUAGUGACAACACUCUCGACGAAUGGUUAGAUGCUGUACUGGCCUCUGGAAAAGGCAUCAAGUUGGACUUUAAGGCUCUGGAAUCAGUGGGUUUGUCACUGGACCUGCUUAAACAAAAGGAAAGCAACAAAGGAAUAAACAGACCUGUGUGGCUGAAUGCAGACAUCCUCAGAGGCCCCAAUGUCCCAAGCUUUGUAGCUCCAGUCAAUGGAAGCAGAUUUUUGGAACUCAUUCAGGACAAGUUUCCAGAUGUGACUUUGUCUCCUGGAUGGAAGGUACUCUAUAUUCACCAGCUUACAAACGAAACCUACUCCAGAGCGAUGGUGGAAGAAAUGUAUAACAUGAUCAAAGAUGUACCUCAAAGGGUGACGUUCCCAGUCCAUGCCAUGUUGGUUCGCAGCGGCUGGCAGCACUUGAGCUGGCUCCUCAACCAGUCACCACGGUUCAGCCUGACUUUGUGGCAGGGUUCUGUUAACCCCAGCGUUAGCGACCUGCUGUUUGUCCGUGACAACACCCACCCAUGGCAAGUCUACUAUGACAUAUAUGAACCCACGCUGUCAGAAUUCAAGGAGGCUGUAGGUAAGAAGAACAGCGUGAGGAGGUUCUACCCUGGAGGAGAUCUGAUGGAGUUUCUUCACCCAGGUUACAGCUCAGGCCUCAUGAACAGCCUGGCUGUGUCUUUGCUUCCCGUCACUGGUCGGGCCUCCCUGCUCCAUCAGCUUUCAGAUGGGGGCAGCGGGAUGCUGGUCGUUCGUGUGACCUCUGACAGCAGUCGACCUGGAGUCCUUCUGGUAGAAGGUUCUGGAAGGAGCUCAGAACCCCUCACACUGCAGGAUGUUAUUCAGACCCUUGGGCAGACUGCUGAUACCUCCUGGGGAGUUUACCUGAGGGUCCAUAGUCAGCAGCUUCUGGGGGCUUCUCUUAACCUGCUGCAGUCAGCCUACAGGGCUGAUGAGCUCUACAGGCCUGUGUGGAUCAGCAUGGAGGGCUUACAGAGCAGCGACAGCACAGCAGUCUUUGUGUCCACAGUCCAGCGCCUGUUUCCAUACGUCACUGUAGUCCUGGCUGAGCACAAAUGGCCUCCUCGGAUCCCAGCGGCGGUGUCACAGAGGGUGGCUCUACGCCUGAAUGCAGCAUCGCUGCCCACAGGACAGGAGCAGCUUCAUGCUUUACUGGGAAUGAUGGACAAAUACGACUUUAUAAUUGAGGUGGACACAAAGAAAGGUGCUGAAGCUGUCACCGUGGUGAAGGAGCUCAGUGCACGGCGUGCAGGGAGAGCGAACAGAAGCCUGUAUAUUCUACCUCAGCAACCCACAGUGAGCAGCAUCACAGAGCACGUGUGGGGCUGACAUGUUUAUAUGUGCUUUACUGUGCUGUCACACAGUCCUCGAUGCUUUUAUGUUCCAUUCAAAGUCACCACAGAGUCCUCAGUUUGUGUCUUAGUGUGACCAACAAAUACUGCUUAAGAUCAUUAUACUGUAUAUAAUAUAUAUGAUUCAAUGAUUAUUAUAAAAUUCAUAAUACAUUCUAUUAAAGAAACCGAGUCCAAUACCAGAACGAGCCCCUUAGCCUGUGUUAGCUAGUCCGAGGUUUGUGAUUGGCUACAGUAGCAGCUGUACACAUAUGAAACACUCUCCUGUUAUAGUUAACAUUUCACAUGCAGCCCGCCUCUCUUACUGACUGCAGCACUGCAUUUAUUUGCAUCCAUAAAUGUGUCUUUAAAGUGUCACAGGUGGCUCACAUCGCUGCUGCCAUCAGUGCUCUCAGAGGCUCACUUCCUACUUUUAAUGGUGAUUUCUGAAUGUUUACAACAAAGAAAUCCAAAAUCAUCCAUCACUUGAUUAAAACAAGAAAAAAUACAACACAAUACUUUAUUGAAGUUCAGUGGAAAAAGUCAAUAUUCAUGUUUUUCAAACCAGCAUGUUAUGUUGAACUAAUUGCAACAAACAGUUAUAGUGUUAAAAUGAACCUGCAUUCUACCUCAGCAACCCACACCUGCACUCUGUUACAUUCAUGUACCUUUAACUUACAAACAUGAACAGCAGCUUAACUGACCCAACACAGUAACUGACACAGCGGCUGCUUUUACUCACUUAACAAGAAGAUUUUUACUGCUAAUGACUUUUGUAUCAAUCCAUGAAAUUAUCAUAAAGUUUUCCCACCAUAUAAACCAAGCAGGCUGUCCCUACAGUGGUGCUGAGGAGAGCCUCUGACAGGCUGCUGCCACUGUCACAGUCUGUUCCUGGUCAAGUACUGGCUGCAGGAGCAGAAGGUGUGGUAGAAAGAGGAGGACAGGCCGGCAAUA